AUGUCGCCCACGCCCUGUCAGACCUGUCUCGUUCCUGAGUUGCGGAGUCCUGAGGCGCUGAUCCUAAGAGUAGAUCGCUGUUGUUCCCAACCUACAUGGCGCAAGGCAGCCGAGCGGCAACGCUAUGGCGAGCUGUUGCGGGCUGUGAAGACUCGAAGUUGGUUGGGCCGGCCCAGUGGUCUGGAGCUUCGUACCGCAGCAGAUGGACCACAGACGCGAAGCCUUGUGGCUGAGGGCCAGCGCCGUGUGCGCUUAAGAGUGGCAUAUGAUGGAGGCCAGUACUAUGGCUGGGCCAGGGUGAAGGGUGGAUCACCUUUGACUGUCGCAGGCAUGCUGGACCGUGCUUUGUCGUUGCAGCUGCGCCAGAAGAUCUUUGUUUGUGGUGCCAGUCGGACUGAUGCUGGAGUGCACGCGCAGGGCCAGGCAGCCCAUUUCGACAUCCCGGAAGAGCUGGCAGCAGCGCGGCCCGCGAAGUGGCAGGAACAGUGGCAACGGAAGCUGAACCAGCAGUUACCCGGAGAUAUACGUGUCAGGAACGUCGAGGAUGCGCCGCACGAGUUUCACGCCCGAUUUUCAGCGAGUGGGAAAACUUAUGUGUAUAGAUUGCACUACAGCAAAGAUCCAGAAGAUCCUCUUGCCAGGUUCUUCUGUUUCGCCAUGCCUCAUGGCUGGGUACGUGUCUUCGAUCUAGAUUUGCUGCGUUCAGCAGCUCAGCAUUUCGUUGGCUUGCAUGAUUUUGCGCAUUUCACCCAGCUGGCAAAGUUAGAGGGCAACAGGAGUAGCCUGAGAAGAAUUGAGGAUGUUCGAGUCGUGGAUGAGAUCCCGGGUCAAAGAUGCCGUGUCGAGAUCGAUUUAGACGGUGCCCUCUUUCGCAUGGUGCGGAACAUGCUGGGUUGCAUGGUUUCAGCAGCAUGCGGAAGGAUAUCCUCUGAGCAGAUCGAUGAGAUGUUGAAGGGGGGAACGCGCUGCCGCGACUUCCCCUGUUUGCCAGCCAACGGACUGUGCUUAGAGAAGGCGAUGGGAUGGGAUGGGGGCACCACCUUAGCCUACGACCUGCAUCGAUUGGUUCCAGCCGAUCGAUGGUGCGUCACGCAUCGAGAUCUGCGUUUUCUGCGCCAGGAGAUCCGCUCUGCCCUGCGCCACGGUCAGAUUCGGCCUGGCCCCGAGGAUGAUGCGUCGGAGGCCUAUGGGCCUAGCAUCUACACGGUGAAUGAACAGUAUAUCAAACCAGUGACCCGACAGGCAGGGAAGAUGAGUUGGGCAUUGAUGCGACAUCCAGAUGGCUUGGAGUGUGAGCUGUUCAUCAGCCAUGCCUGGCAGGAAGGUGUCUUUGAGUUUCUGAAAAAAGUGAGGCACAGUUGGCCAAGGACCUUGCAAACUGCUUGGUGCUGCAUGUUGGCCAACCCCCAGAAUUUGGACAUCUCAUCGUUUCUGCAGUCGCCAGAGACUUCGCCCUUUGCAGUUGCAUUGGCAGCUUCCAAAGUGAUGUUGGUGGUACCAAACCGGCACCAGAGUGUGUACACGAGGCUUUGGUGCAGUUAUGAAGCUUAUCUCUCCCAAGAAGAUGGCAAGACGAUUCUGAUAGCGCAUUCCUCCAAUCUUUCUCAGGUCUUGAGGGCUUUGAUUUGGCUGGCUUUAGCCGCAAUCGUUGGUCUGGCUCUUGGGAUUCUGUUCACACGCCUGGAGGCCCAUGAGACCUUCGCAGUUCCAGCGCUCACCAUUCUGGUGGUUGGUUUCAGCCUGCUGAUCGACAAUGACAUGCUUCGAAGGAUCAUGCAUUUUGUAGGCGUGGUGCUCUGCUGGAUCUGUGUGGCACACAAUUUUGGUGGUGUUUUCGGUGAGUUUAUGGAAAGUUACUAUAGGGAUGAAGGUAUUCCUCGUACAGUCUUGCGCCUGGUGCAUCGCUGCUAUUGGCUGCUGGCUUCGGUGGCGUUUUGCGUCAUGGAGGUCUCGCAGGUGUGUCUGUCCUCUCAAGGCUUGGUCUAUUGUUUCUGCUUUGUCGAAGUGAUUGGGACGAGCAACGCUUCAUUUUGAAGGUCAUGAACAAAUUUCUUUUUGUGGCAAUGCUUGGGUGGCUGAUUCUGGUCGCUUUCUUCUUAUCGCUUCAUCUGACUAUUUCAGCUGUGUGGAAUAUUUGGCUUCUCAUUGGGGACACCUGUUUGCUGUCCAUGCUCUCGUUUGCACUCCUGGGAAUUAGAGGCACCUCAAAACUUCCAUUUGGUCUCAAGAUCCUUCAGAUUUUCUUCAGUAGGGGCAGCAAUACAUGGACUGCGCUGGCGCUGUGUGUACGAUCAAACCCAGCCACAUACCUUACCUCUGACGAGUCUUCUGACGAUCCUGACACCUCCGGAAAUGGCUCAUGAGUUGUGACAAGUUUCACCAGUGGGUUCAGCCAGGAUGUUCAAAAGCAAGAUCUGAUGGUUGAUAA